AUGCGUUCUGCGAGUGUCGCAGCCUUGUUCACAUCCGUUUGUGGGCACGUGACGCCCAUUCCUUCGGCUUUUCCAAACUCUCAGCACCUGCUGUUCGAAAGUGUGAAGGAGGAUGUGGAGGGUGUAGAGAUGCAGGUCACAUCAGGUGCUUUUCCCGACUGGCUGCAGGGAACCAAGUACAACAAUGGCUUUGGCUUGUUCGAAACCUGUCCCGCUGACAAGGACUGCUUCUCCAUUAACCACCUUGCUGAUGUCAUGUCCUACUACUCGAAAAUGGAAAUCAACAACGGCACGGUGCGCCUGUGGAGCAAGAUUCAAAAGACAAAGUACUGGCAAGAUGCCCAGAGGUCGAAGCCAACUUACCGUACAUUCAACGGCACUGAGCCUCCUUUUACAGCAGCAGAGACACUCGACACACUGACUCACCCGUUCAAGACCAACGACAACCUGAAUGUUGCGAUUCUGCAGCUGACCACAUCAGGUCGCAUGUUUGGGGUCAGUGACAUGAAGGGCUUUAACGAGGCGCACGAGAAUCUGGAUUAUGUCAGUGGCCUGAAGCUCACAGAGAAGAACAAGCCGGCGAUCUCCAAGCUACCCAUCCUUGGUAUAGACGUCGUGACCUGUGCUCACAUAGGCAACACUCUCGGCGACAAGUACGUCUACGGCUACAACUACCUGCUCAUCGACGGACCUGAGAACGACUUGGCAGUAUGGCGGGUGGACAUGACGCAGCCUGAUGCUGGGGUCGGUACCAGCUUAGAGCGCGAGUGGAUGGGCACUGUGAAGGUUCCAGGAGCCACGCACAUCAGCUACAUGCACACUUUCGCGAACACGAAGAACUACUUGGUGUUUGUUGGCUCCGCGUUUCAGUACAACAUCGAGGGAAUCCUCCGAUACACCAACAUCAUGAAGGCCAUGGAAUGGCACCCUGAAAAGAAAAACAUGUUAUGGGUGUACGAGAAAGCUUCCGGCAAGUUCAUCAAGACUUUCACGUCCGAUGCGUUCUGGUUCUACCACCUGGUGAACUGCUACGAGGAUGGCAGCAAGGUGGUCUUGGAUAUCAACACCGUCGACUACCGGCACAUUGAAACGGCCUUCGCCAACGAGAAGCUGCGCUAUGACUACCCAUGGGAGUUCGAGGAGAAGCCCACCAUCCGCCUUGUGGUGGACACUGCGGCGGAGGAAGCCACGCACUUCCCUUAUGAGAUCCUAGGACCGAGCAUGGAUCUCAGCACCAUCCAUCCCUACCUCCAUGGCCAAGACUACCAGUACACCUGGGGUCUCAGCUGGAGUGGGAAGCACUUGUGGUGGGACAACAUCGUCAAGUUCGAUGUGAAGUCCAAGCAGAUUGUGGCCACAUGGCACCUCGAGGAUCACUACCCCGGGGAGCUCAUGGCCGUGCCAAGGCCAGGCGCUGUCUAUGAAGACGACGUCGACAUCCUGGUCACCAUGCUCGGAGGAGAUUACGGCACUUCUUACCUGAUGGCCAUGGACGGUCGAGAUCUCACCCCUUUGGCGGAGGCGCGGUCGCCGUUCCCGCUCCCUUUCGGCUCGCACGGAUGCUGGCAAGGAGCUGACAAGAGCCGAGGCUGCGUUGGUGAGACCACCGCAGACCCCUUUGGGAAGCCGGCGCAGUUCAAGAAGCGAGCCGUUCAAGUGCAGGUGUGA